UCUCUGCAGCCGAUCUCCUCUCUUCCUAAAACACGGCGGCCCGGGCAGAUGAGCAACCAACCUUCAGUACUAACAGCACUGUUCUACUGCCAGCUGCGAUCCUGUGCAUAAUGUCUCGUCCGAGGUUGAUGCUGAGUGCAGUGUUGGCCCUGUGGGCCUGUGGCUCCUGCAGUCCUGGGCCCGUGGAGGACGUGGUGGUGGACCCAUACUCCCGUCCUAAAAACUGCACCAGGGAGGUGAAGAAAGGAGAUCUGGUGCGGUAUCACUACAACGCCACGUUUACUGACGGGACACAGUUCGACUCCAGCUAUAAAAGAGACAUUGCAUUCUUUGUGAUGGUGGGUCAGGGCCGUCAGAUUGCUGGAGUGGACAAAGGCAUUGUGGGAAUGUGUGUGAACGAGCACAGAAGGAUCACCGUGCCCCCCCACCUGGCCUACGGAAGCCAGGGAGCAGGUGAGACCAUCCCCCCUGAUGCCACCCUGGUGUUUGACCUCCACAUGUUGGACAUCUUUAACAUGGACGACCGUGUGCAGACAGAGGUCAUCAAAACUCCCCAGAACUGCACGCGCUCCGUCAAGAAGACCGACUUUGUCCGAUUUCACUUUAACGGAAGCCUGUUGGAUGGAACCAAGUUCGAUUCCAGCUACGACCGCUCGCAGACGCAAGACACGUUAGUCGGAGACGGCUGGAUGAUUAAAGGACUGGAUGAGGGAAUGCUGGGAAUGUGUGUGGGAGAAAUCCGGAACUUCGUCAUCCCUCCGUUCCUGGGAUUCGGAGAGAAAGGAUUCGGUAAAGAAAUUCCUCCUCACGCUACGCUGGUGUACAAACUCCUGCUGGUGGAUCUACACAAUCCUAAAGACGACAUCAGUGUGGAAGUUCAGACAGUUCCUGACAACUGCAGCCGUAAAUCCAUAGCGGGAGAUUACAUCCGCUACCACUACAAUGGCACCUUCCUCAACGGAGAAGCUUUUGAUAACAGCUAUAAGCGUAACGGUACAUACAACACGUACAUCGGCCAGGGUUACGUGAUCUCAGGGAUGGAUAAAGGACUGCAGGGGGUGUGUAUGGGCGAGAGGAGGAGGAUCACCAUGCCCCCUCAUCUUGCGUAUGGACAACAAGGAGCAGGUAAGGAAAUCCCCGGCUCAGCCGUGCUGGUGUUCGACAUUCACGUGAUCGACUUCCACAAUCCGAAAGACUCGGUGCAGGUGGACGUUGUGUCCAAACCCGAGGUGUGUAACGAGACGAGCGAGCUGAACGAUUUCAUCCAUUAUCACUACAACUGCACGCUGAUGGACGGCACGCUGCUCUUCACAUCGAGUGAUUACGCUGCUCCUCAGGACGUGGUUUUAGGAGGAGAUAAAGUGAUCGACGGGUUGGACGAAGGACUGAGGGGGAUGUGCUCGGGCGAAAAGAGGAUCGUCGUCGUGCCGCCGCACCUCGGACACGGAGAGAAAGGAGCGAAAAACGUUCCGGGCAGUGCUGUUCUGCGCUUCGAGCUGAAGCUCAUUUCCAUACAGAAGGGGGUUCCUGAAGGUUAUUUGUUCAUUUGGCUGGGUGAAACACCCACUGAGAUCUUCCAGUCCAUGGAUUUGAAUCAGGAUAAAGAAGUUCCACUGGAGGAGUUCACAGAGUUCAUCAAGCAUCAGGUAGCAGAGGGCAAAGGUCGACUAAAACCCACCCAGAACGCCGAGACCGUCAUCGGAGACAUGUUCAAAAACCAGGACAGGAACGGAGACGGGCGCAUCACCCCCGACGAACUGAAACUCAAAGUGCAGGAGGACGCCGAGAAGGAAAAAGCUCGACACGAAGAGCUGUGAGAGAAACUCACACCGGUGAGACUGCGGGCGGAGCCCCGGACCAGCAUGCACAGCGUUUAUACAGUCAGUACAGGCGGUGAUGCAGAAUUCCUCUCUGAGAACAAACCACUCAGGAUUAAAAACAAUAGGAACGUUUGCAGCCAAAGUGUAUUUGCACUGUAAUUCUAGGAAUAUUUUGUAUGAGGUUUGAAACGGGAUGAAAUAACGCGCCCUUCUUUUUGCAUUGCACAUGUGGGAAGACGUGACACUUUAUAUUUUCUUAUUUUUAUGGUAUUAUUGGGGUUAGUAAAAUGUUUCCUUGUAUAAACUGCAAUUUUUCAUGCUGUACGACGUUCAAAUUUAUAAAAUACGUUUUACGUUAUUUAAAAGUGUGAUUAAAAGCUGAAACCUU